CUUGCCAAUUUCCCGCUUAUUUUUCUUGUUUCAAAAUUCGAUCCAAGUCUCCAGACUGAUCCACACAGAGAGAGAGAGAGAGAGAGAGAGAGAGAGAGAGAGAGAGAGAGAGAGAGGGAGAUCAAUGUCGGAGACCGACGAGAAACGCCUCGCCGGCGAGAUCGCUCGGCUUCUAGACGAGUGCCGCCUCUCCCACGCCGUCCAUUCACGAAAGCUCAAGGAGCUUUCAGCCCUCCGCUCCUCGUCGUCUUCUUCUUCUCGGGUUCGCUUCUUCCCUUCGUUCGCCAGAGCCCUGUCCCCUCUGUUCGAUUUCCCCCGCCGCACACCGGGCUCAGAACGAACCGUUCGCUUCGUCUCCGCCUUCGCCGCGCACAGGAAUGUUAGGGAUCCGGCUAUUUGUGAUGCAUUUUUGGAGGAGUUCUUGCGGUUCCUCCUCAUUGCUGCCGGCGCUACCCACCGUUCCGCUAGGUUUCGGGCUUGCCAGAUCAUCUCCGAGAUUAUUAUGCUGUUACCAGAUGAUGCAGAAGUGAGUGAUGAAGUGUGGGAUGAUGUAAUAGAAAGUAUGAAGCAGAGGCUGGAAGACAAAGUCCCUGGUAUACGGGCUUUUGCAGUUCGUGCAUUAUCUCGAUUUGCAAAUGAUGUGGAUAAUGCGGACAUUGUCAACCUCUUCCUUGAGACUUUGCCUCAAGAGUCAAGUGUUGAUGUUCGAAAAACGAUAGUUUUGUCCCUGCCACCUACCAAUGCCACAUCGGUGGCCAUUGUUGAAUCCACACUUGAUGUGAGUGAGUCUGUGCGUAGAGCAGCAUAUUGUGUCUUGGCAAUCAAAUUUCCAAUGCAGAGCCUUAGCAUCAAGCUCCGGACUGUUAUUAUUCAAAGAGGGCUUUCAGAUAGGUCCUCUUUGGUGCGCAAAGAGUGCUUGAAGAUGCUGAAAGAAGAGUGGCUUGCUAAGUAUUGCAAUGGAGAUGCCAUUGCCCUGCUGAGGUUUCUUGAUGUAGAAACUUAUGAGACAGUGGGUGAAUCUGUGAUGGAAGCACUUUUAAAAGAUGGAGUGGUGAAAGUGCAAGGCCAGAGUAUUAGACAAUGUUUAACAACAGCAAAUACAAGUGAAGAUCAUAAUUCGUUUCAGCUAAUGGAAGCGGAACUUGCUUUAUACUGGAAAGCAGUUUGCAAACAUUUGCAAGCUGAAGCUCAAGCCAAGGGUUUGGAUGCUGCAGCUACAACGGGAACUGAAGCAGAAGUGUAUGCGUCAGAAGCUUCAGUCAGUAAUGACCUCCUAGACUGUGUCUUACCGGCCACAGUUUCUGAUUUUGUAGGAUUAGCGAAAGCGCAUCUUUCAGCUGGACCGAAUUAUAGAUUUGCUUCCAGGCAACUAUUAUUACUUGGUGCGAUGCUGGAUUUUUCAGACACCAGCAACAGGAAAGUUGCCAGUGUUUUUGUCCAUGAACUCUUGAUGAGGUCUCUUGAAUAUGAAAUUGAUGAUGAUGGAAACAAGGUAAUCAUAGGGGACGGAAUCAAUCUCGGUGGAGAUAAAGACUGGGCCAGAGCAGUGUCAGAAUUAGCAAAGAAAGUGCAUGCUUCCUCUGGAGAAUUUGAAGCAGUUGUGACUGGUGCCAUUGAGGAGCUGGCUCGUCCUUGUCGAGAGAGAACUGCAGAUUUUAUGCAAUGGAUGCAUUGCCUUGCAGUGACUGGUCUCCUCUUAGAAACCACUGAAUUACUACGGAACUUGCAAGGAAAAGCCAUUGGAGCUUCUGAACUACUGCAUUCUUUAUUGCUUCCAGGGGCAAAACAUAUUCACGUGGACGUACAAAGGGUGGCCACAAGAUGCCUCUGCCUCUAUGGGUUGUUAGAAAGCAGACCAAGUGAAGAGCUUGUAAAGCAGUUACGGCUGUCGUUUAUUAUCGGGCCUUCCUCAGUUAGCAUUAUGGCAGCUAAAGCACUAGUUGAUCUUGCUACAUGGCAUGGUCCUAAUGAACUCGACAAAUCAAUCAGUAUAGGCCCUGAGCAGUCCAGUGAUGUUAAAACAGGAUUUAACUUGGUAAAUGUGUCAAAUCUAAAAGAAGAUGUUAAUAUUGGACUAAUAGAUCUAUUAUUUUCUGGGCUUGACAAAGAUGACUCUUUUCUGAACACUGAAUCAGAAGAUCAAGAAAAUGUUCGGUCUAUUCUUGCUGAGGGGUUUGCCAAGUUCCUCCUUCUGAGUGAGAAUUACCCAAGCAUGUCUAUUUCUUUGCAUCCUUUGAUAUUACAAAGGCUCAUCACUUUGUAUUUCAGUGAUGACACCAAGGAAUUACAGAGGUUGAAGCAAUGCUUAUCCGUGUUUUUUGAUCACUACUCAGCUCUUUCAUACAGUCAUAAGAAGUGUGUCUCCAGAGCUUUCAUUCCUGUUAUGCAGUCCAUGUGGCCGGGUAUUUAUGGUAACUCUGGGGGUUCACCUGUUCUGAUCUCUAAAAUGAGAAAGCGUGCCGUCCAAGUGUCACGCUUCAUGUUGCAGAUGAUGCAAACUCCUUUGUUUGCAAAAGAACAUGAGGAUGUGAGAUCCAAUGUAGAGAGCUCGCGAAGUCCUGACUUAAUGCAACCAUCAUCUGAAUUUGAAAGUGGGGAGGAAGGGCUUGCCAUUAGAAUUGCCACCGAGGUGGCAAACUGCCCUGAGAAGAAGAUAGCCGCUGGAAAAUCAUAUAUCCAGGCACUGUGCAAAACAGUGGGUUCUCUACAAUUUAGAACAUCAGAGCAAGAGGCAGUAAAAUGCAUGCGAGGGUUGCUGAACAGCAUGAUAGCGUCUGUAUUGUCAGACAAGGAACUUGUCAAAGAAUUGAAUCAUAUGGCUGCACACCUUAAAUCAAUUGAUGAACAUCCUGAUCAAGAACUGUCACAGGAACGAGCUGAUGCUAUAUUUAGUGCAUUAGAAUUGGAUGUAAACCUUAAGAUGGAUAUGUCGGUAAUGAAUCAACCAACACCUGCACCACGGCCAGCUAGAACUACAGCAGCCCGGAGAAGAGUGAAACGCGAAGAUUCAUCUGAUGAUGAUGAUGAUGAUGAUGAGCAUUCGCCACUUCCUUCGAUGCCAGUGGCUCCUGGUGUUGUCAGUGCACGCUCUCAAUCACAGAGAGCAAGCAAGACAGCAGCAAUGAGCAGGAUGAGUACUAGAACCAGCAAUGCAUUGUCAGAUACAGAUGGUGAAGGUGGGUCAGAAGUUACAUCAGAAGAGAGUUCAGAUGAAUCUCGUGGUGCAAAUGCUGUGUGAGUGAACAAAUCCAAAUUAGUUCCUACAUUGAUCGAAAUCUUUGACUUCUGUAUCCUGAUUGUCUUAAAUAUGUUGUAUUUCUGAUUGUUACUCGAGCUUUGUUCGGUAUGUAGACCAGAUGUGUACUUAUCUCUGGAGAAUGUAUUAGCUAAUUAUAUGUUACUUUUUGUCUGAAAUAUUGAACGGAGCUUGUUCUGUGAAUUUGAUUGUUAAAUUCAGUGUU